UUCACUUGUAUUAAAUGGCAGCAAUUCCCAUCGAUGACUCGGUGCACCACCAAACAACCCUCGAGCUCGAACCUAAGGACUUGUUUGACUACUCAAAACGGUCCCAAUGGCUACGAGCCGCGGUCCUAGGAGCCAACGAUGGGCUAGUCUCCACGGCUUCUCUAAUGAUGGGUGUUGGAGCCGUUAAAAAAGACAUGAAAGCCAUGAUCUUGACCGGCUUUGCUGGCUUAGUAGCGGGAGCAUGUAGUAUGGCUAUCGGUGAAUUUGUCUCCGUUUACUCACAACUCGAUAUAGAAGUUGCGCAAAUGAAAAGAGAUAUCAACCGAAGAGAUAUUGUCAAGGCAGAGGUUGAGAACUUGCCUAACCCAUGGCAAGCCGCGGCUGCAUCGGCUCUAGCUUUUUCUUUGGGGGCUAUAGUGCCUUUAUUAGCCGUUUCGUUUAUAAAGCCUUACAAAACGAGGAUUUUAGUGGUGGUGAUAGCAGUGACAAUCGCUUUAGCGGUUUUUGGGUGGCUUGGGGCGGCGUUAGGGCGGGCACCGUACGUCAAGUCUACCAUUAGAGUGGUGGUUGGAGGUUGGGUGGCUAUGGGCAUUACAUAUGGUUUAACAAGUUUAAUUGGUAUAGAAGCAAUCCAUUGAGUCUAUGGGCAAUUUCAUCCAUGAUUUCAAUGUUUUUCCUUCUUUAUAUAAAUACUUAUAAAAAUAUAUUGUUUGUACUUUUAGACUAUAUAUGUUUAAGCAUCACCACUAAAAUAUGAGUGUUCGUUUCUCUUUGUUUCUUCUAAUUGCUAUAUGUAAGGAAAUUAAAGUGGAAAACAUUUUUCCUAUUUUCCUUUCCAUUUAUAGCAUAAAUGUAUUGAAUAAAAAAUUAUAAUU